AUAUUAACAUAAACAUUAGUUAGCAUACCACAAACUCAGAUAUCAUCACAUAUCAAAGCAAAGCAAAGAUGAGUGCAAAGGGAACAAGAGCAUGGAUGGUGGCAUCAAGCAUUGGAGUAGUGGAGGCAUUGAAGGAUCAAUUGGGUUUGUGUAGGUGGAACUAUGCAUUUAGAUCACUCCAACAACAUGCUAAGAACAACAUCAGAUCUUACACUCAAGCCCCCAAAUUCUCUUCUUCUGCCUCUGCUGUUUCCAAUAAGGUUAAGAGGUCUAAGGAAGAGUCUAUCAAGAAGGUUAUGGAAUUGGAUUGCUGGGGUCCUAGCACCACAAGGUUCUGAAUUAUUCAAUCAAUCAAUCAAUCAUCAAUGCCUAUCUUGUAAUAAUAAUAAACAUUAUUAUUAUUUGUGUGAUGAGGAUUGUUGCUACUACUUUGAAUUUCAGAAGAUCCUUGUCUAAUGUAAUCUCAUUAUUCAUCCAAUUUUGUUAUUAUUAAUGAUAUAAUGGUAAAUAUGAUCUUGACCCCUACACAUAAAGAAAAAUGGUGGUCAAAUUUGCAUGAAA